CCGGCUGAGCUCUGCCGGUGCAGCCAGCCAGAGCCUGGGCAGUAACAGGCCCCUCCGCCCACCCUGUCCUGCAGCCCCAUGGCCAGGAGCACUGAGAUGGCGUCUCUGGAAGAGAGCUUCCGCAAAUUCGCCAUCUACGGCGACACCAAGGCUACGGGGCAAGAGAUGAACGGGAAGAACUGGGCCAAGCUGUGCAAAGACUGCAAAGUCACUGAUGGCAAAAGCGUCACCAGUACCGACGUGGACAUUGUCUUCUCCAAGGUGAAAGGGAAGACGGCACGCGUCAUCAACUACGAGGAGUUCAAGAAGGCGCUGGAGGAGCUGGCCCCCAAGAGAUUUAAGGACAAGAGCAAAGAGGAGGCGUAUGAAGCCAUCUGCCAGCUGGUGGCGGGGAAGGAGCCCAUUAACGUGGGUGUCACGAAGGCCAAGACGGUGGGG